AUGGCGGACAGUGUCAUAGUGAGAUAUUUGUUCACAUUUUUAUUAAUUAACGCGUGCUAUGCAGGAUUGCCAGGUUUGGACAACUUGGAUCAAGAUGGCUCUCCAAGCACCCAGUCUGAUAAUCAUCUUAGAGAUGACCCUUUCUCCAUUGAAAAGAUGAUGGUACAGCAUCCAAGAUAUAAAUGCCACCAAUGUGAGCCGCCUGACUGCGGUUCGGAGGGUGAUUCUAUCGGCGUGUGUGGUGACGCCCUCUACUGCUACAAAUCAUCGGUGAGGGCCUCCGAUGGGACCUUGAGACAUUCGCGAGGGUGCUCCACGCGGAGAGAUCAUGCGCAGUUUACAUGUCGGACCAAUCAACCUCCUUUGGGACUCCGCAAACGCCACGCGGGUCAGUUGAACAUUACAUGCUGCCAAGGUGAUAUGUGCAAUGAUGGCAGCUUCCCAGAUUUGCCCCCAGCGGCAGACACUGCAAUAGAGCCCCUGCCCUCCAACACGUGGAAACUGUGGGCCAGUGUAAUAGCCUCAGUGUUUAUUGUCAGUGCUAUAGGAGCGAUGGCCAUAUUUGUUCUGCGUAGGAGUCACAGGCUGCGGGUAUCCAGGGCAGCCCUUCAUAAAUUGGGACCUGACUCCAACUACUUCUCUAGCAACAUAUACGGCCCUCAUGUGACAAGUGCUUGCUAUGAAGGUCUUGAGGGCUCUCAAAACGGAGGAGGGCUGAAAGCGGUCGCGGCUGGCGAUUCCACUCUGAGGGAGUAUCUAGAAUGUUCUGUGACCAGCGGAUCAGGCUCCGGUCUGCCUCUGAUGGUUCAGCGUACAUUGGCUAAGCAGGUCACGCUUAUUGAAUGUGUUGGCAAGGGUCGUUACGGUGAAGUAUGGCGUGGCUCUUGGUGUGCGGACAGCGUAGCGGUGAAGAUAUUCUUCUCCAGGGACGAGGCCUCCUGGAGAAGGGAGACGGAGGUGUACAGCACCGUGCUGCUGCGACACGACAACAUCCUCGCAUACAUCGGCAGCGAUAUGACCAGCCGGAACAGUUGUACGCAGUUGUGGCUGAUAACCCACUUUCACCCGCUGGGCUCGCUGUACGAGCAUCUCAACAGGACCACGCUGACCAGGCAUCAGAUGAUGGUGAUCUGUCUCUCAACGGUUAAUGGGCUACUGCAUCUACAUACGGACAUACAUGGCACGCAGGGUAAGCCAGCGAUAGCCCACCGAGACAUAAAAAGCAAAAACAUCCUGGUGAAAGUGAAUGGAGAGUGUUGUAUAGCGGACUUCGGGCUCGCAGUGACCAGGCAACACGUCCAAGAUCAACAGCUACACAACCCGAGACAGGGCACCAAACGGUACAUGAGCCCCGAGAUGCUGGAGCAAACCAUGAACCUGCAGUGUUUCGACGCGUACCGCAAGUGCGACCUGUACGCACUUGCGUUAGUCCUGUGGGAGGUGUGCCGGGCUGCGAAUGGCCGGGAAUAUCGUCCUCCGUUCCACGAGCUGGUCCCGCAGGAUCCCAGCUUCGACGACAUGCGGAAGGUGGUCUGCAUUGACGGGGCAAGGCCAGCCCCACCCACAGAUACCCAUCCAACAAUGGUUGGUAUGGCAAACUUGAUGAGGGAAUGCUGGCACCAAAACCCAUCUGUAAGGCUUCCAGCUCUCCGAAUAAAGAAAACGCUGUUAAAGCUUGCUACAAAUGACAACUCCAUACACCUCAACGAAGACAAUGAAGUGUCCGUUUAA